ACAGCUGAGGCAUUUCGAGAGAAAGGAAAAACGGUGAGGUUGAGUUUUUUUUUUUUUUCUUUUUUCGAGGACUGACUGAAUUGGAUGUACACGAUUCAGAGGACUGUUCUCUCGGAGAGCUUCUGUUUGCUGAUGAAUCUGCUGCUCCUGAGGCGCCCAGACCCUGGGCAUUUGGCUUUUUCGGUAAGCAAUUUGUGGGAGCAAGUCAAGCCAUGAAGCGGGUUCAGCUUCUGAAUAAUCAAGAUCUGGUUUCAACAUCCGUUGAGUUGCUUCAGUAUACCUCAAUCCGGCUCGUCAACAGACGUGUGGCAGCAGGCAAAGACAGACUAAGACGUGAUACUGCUGACAGAAGACAGAGGAGGGGCAUACCUAUGCAAAGAGGCCCAAGCUCCAUAUCUCGAAAUGCUUCAGGACGCAUGCUCCCGUCUCAAGUGACUUCCCGUCAUUGGGCGGGUUGGCCCCCGGAUGCUGUCCGGUACUUUGGACAAGAUGAGAUGCCGAGAGAAGAAGCAGAAGGGGAAUCCGACAAGCCUCUUCUGCCGUCGUACAAGCCUGUCCACAAGGGUCAUGAACGUAGAACCCGUACAACCCUUACGAGCUGUGGGAGAAGAAAAUCACAGACUAUCGAAUUCACUAGAUCGAUGGAGAAAAGGUGGCUUUGCACAUUCGGGGCUCUGCUGAGGGAUUGCGGGGGAAAGCGAAUGAGGCCCUUGGAGUUGCAUCGUGGGCAAUCGUUGGCAGUUCAUGGCAACUCCAUGGCAGAUCUGAUUGGUUGUUGACGAUGCAACCGAUGCAAGAGACUUUCUCAACUG